AGUGCGUGAAUGAAUUUUUUGACGAUCAUGAAUGACUUUCUGGUGCAUUAACAUUGCAACAAGAUAUUAAUGAUUUUCUAGUAUCCAACUUUUUUGUUAUAGAACAGAUAUAUCUCUUUUCAUGUUUUUUACUGAUCAGAGUUUCAUCUUGAAGAGACAACACGGAGGAAGAGGAAACCAGUUUCUAUGGUGAGGGGUAACUUUGUCUAUUUGUAGAAAGUGAAUUUUAUCAAUUUGUAAAAAUUGUCCAUUCCUCAUUAAAUCAGCUCAUUUCAGUCAAAAAGCCCUGUAUGUUGAUACCAGAUUUAGGGUUUUGAUAGGUGUAGCAAAUUCUUUUGAUUUGAUCAGCAAUAUAAUCCCUAAUUCUAAUUCUGAGCCAAUCGUAUUCGGAUUGGAAAUGGCGGAGCACUUGGUUUCGAUUUCGGGAACAGAGAAAGGCCGCGUGAACUGUCCUUUCUACUUGAAGAUCGGAGCUUGUCGUCACGGCGAUCGUUGCUCACGUCUCCACAAUCGCCCCACCGUCUCCCCAACUCUCCUCCUCUGCAAUCUGUACCAGCGGCCGGACAUGAGCGACCCGCAAGGCCAGCCCCUUGACGCCGGCAGGAUCCAGGAACAUUUCGAGGAUUUCUACGAGGACAUCUUCGAGGAGCUGAGUAAGUUGGGCGAGAUCGAGAGCGUGAACGUGUGCGACAACCUCGCCGUUCACAUGAUCGGCAAUGUUUAUGUUGAGUUCAAGGAGGAAGAGCAGGCGGCCGCCGCCUUGCAGGCUCUGCAGGGUCGGGUCUACUGUGGACGCCCUAUUGUUGCGGAAUUCUGUCCGGUAACGGAUUUUCGCGAGGCGAAGUGCCGGCAAUUUGAGGAGAAUUGCUGCAAUCGUGGUGGGUUUUGUAACUUUAUGCAUGCGAAGGUGAUUGGUAGAGGGCUCCGGAGGAAGCUGUUUGGGAGAUCCCGCUGGUAUAGGGGAAGCCGGAGCCGGAGCCGGAGCCGGAGUCCUCCUCCUCCGGUUUGCAAUUACAAGAGAGAGAGAGACAAUGAUGGUGGUGAAGACGGAGGAUUACAGGCAGGGCAGGGGAGCCAUGUAAGCGUAAGGGAAGGGAGUGAGGAGCGUAGAGCCAGGAUUGAGCAAUGGAAUGUGGAGAGGGAAGGGAGGCAGUCUUGAGACUGCUC